GUCGAACGGGGCCGCCCAGGAAGUGAACCACAAGUCAAAAAAUACUAGCGGUGUCGCUACCGUCGAACGGCAGGCUGCACAUUUUACACUUUUUUUAAGCCGCAUUUACGUCAAAAGUAUCAUUGUUUACUUUAGCGAAGUUCACUUCCUGCUUGCGAAUGUCGAAAGCUGCGCUUGUUGGGAGUGUGAAUGGCGCGGUUUUAUCGAAAGUCGCUUAACGUCGGUGUUGUACAAUAAACUUGUACUACUUUAUUGACGGAUAGUUAAGUCGAACGGAGAGUUCCGAUAAAGCGCUAUCUAAGUUUUUUUGUGCGUUAACGGUACUUUGAUUUUUCUUCAACGCGGUCCUACCCGGAUCCUGUUAUCAUGACGCCUGACCUCCUAAACUUCAAGAAGGGAUGGAUGUCAAAACUGGGUGACUGUGGAGAGUGGAAGAAGCACUGGUUUGUUUUAACUGAUGCCGGGCUCAAGUACUAUAGAGACUCCAGUGCAGAGGAGAAAGAUGAUUUGGAUGGUGAAAUUGAUCUGAAAUCCUGCGUCAAGGUUUCCGAGUUUGAUGUGGAGAAGAACUAUGGGUUUCAGAUACAGACACGGGAGGCCAUGUUCACCCUUUCCGCCAUGACAGCAGGAAUCAGGAGGAACUGGAUUGAGGUUUUAAAGAAAUGCAUCAGGCCCAGUACAUCCCCAGACAUCACACAACUGCCUGAUAGCAGUAGUGACAAAGAAAACUCCCACUCACGCCUUCAGCUGCCUUCCCGGCGACCGUCAUCGCGUCACGCUGAUGUUUCGUCAGAAAUUCCACCUGCUCAGCGUAGGUUUGACUACGUUGAGCUGUCCCCUGUUCCUGCUUCAUCCAGCCAUGUCCAGGCCAAUCAGAGAGAGAUCGGGGAGGGACAACAGAAGGAGCAGAGCCGAUGGCAGGAAGAGAAGACACGAGACGCCACGUGUAGCCAAUGGGAGGCUGUGCUGUCUCGGAAGGGCACCAGCGGAGUAGUCAAUCAAAGACUACACAUGGAAGAGGAGCUAGAGAAAAAGUGGGCAGAGUUUGAACGCAUGCCUUUAAAGGAGAAACCAACAGUGGGGUCACGGCCUUGCAGCCAGUCAGCCAAUGAGGCGCUGCAGAGGGAGGUGGCGUCACUGAGGCACCAGCUUGAGCAACUACAACAGGGGGGGGGGGAGGGGAGGGGUGCCAGGUGCUGUGGUCCUGACGGUCCCUGCGGCCGCAGCCUGACUGCCAUGGACCGCGCUCAUCGACAAGCGAUGGAGGAGCUGCAGAGACAGCACGAGCGCCAGAUGGCAGAGUUAGAAAUGGAGAAAAAUAGGCUGUUGCUGGAGGAGAUUCAAGAUACGUCACGAGUGAUGGAGGCCCUCAAGAAGAAACACAAAGAAGAGCUGGAGAGAGAGGUGGAGAAGGUCAAUAGACUCAGCAGUGGAUUGCUUGACCCACAGACCUUGCACAUCCUACAACAGGCAGACAGUCAGGCCUUGCAGAGAGAAUUAGGCGGACUAUCAGAGCGCUACUCUCAAAAGUGUCUCGAGCUGAACCGAGCUGAACAGAACAACGCUGAAAGGGAACGGGAACUCAGUCAAAAGGAGAGAGACCUGGAGCAGCUCAAGAAAGAGAACCAGAACUUAAAGGACCGUUUGGCAGAGGAGAUCAUCCGCAUACGAUGUAACAACACAGACAUGGGUUCAAAAGACAACAACGAGACGUCCUGUGAAUUAGAGGUACUUCUCAGGGUAAAAGAAAAAGAGAUUGAGUACUUGCAUAAGGAGAUCAACUGUCUAAGGAAUGAACUUCAGUUCCUUAACACGGAGAAGCAUCUGGCUGGUGAGCGAUAUGCGGAGAUCAAUGAGGAGCUGAGUGGGAUAAAAGGCCGGAGUGAGCGGGAGAUCCAGAGUCUAAAGGAGCACUUAAGGCUAGCCAUGGCCGCUCUGCAGGAGGGCCAAAGGCUGGGUAACAGCAUGGACCACUGAGUCUGCUGAGAAUCCUUAGUGAAAGGUGUGUCUGCUUCAAUGUGACUGAAUGAACACGAGAUACAGAAAGUAGAGGAAAUGGUCGCACUUUGGGUGGGGGGGACCAUGAUCGUGCCUUUUUUUUCAAUCAUUCCGCCAAUCCAGCAGCAUGGAAAAGCUGCAAACUGGCUUCAUUACACUGGACCAUGUGUGAUAUAUAAACUGCACUUUUCCAUUCUUACUGAAACUUCUGCCUCAAGGGAGUUAAAGCAUGUAUGAGUGUGCAUUUUGUCUUAAAACUGGAAUAUUUCUCAACAAUUAUUUUUAUAGUUUCAGGUAUUUCAGGUAACUCUCAAACAUUGGACCCUUUUGUGUCUGUUAAUAACUUGAGGCCACAGAAUGACACAGAGCUACUAUCAUCUCAGUUUUUUUAUGUUGUACAGCUUUCAAAACUACACUUUGAAAUGAAAGCUCAUCUUUUUGUUGUUUUGUUUGUAAACAGUAAACCUGAGUUUAGGUUGUGUUAUUUGCUGUAAAGAUGCAGAAAAGAACUGGGAUUAACACAAAAUGUCAUUGAGAGUAUGCUGAUUAGACAUGAAUAUGAACUUGCCUCCAACCAAAUUCAGCCUCAAAUUUCUUUGACUGGAAAAAGCUCAUUAUUGCUUUUUGCCCCAUAAUACCCCUAAGCUUCUUUCCCCUCCAUCUUCAUCAUUAAGGACCUAAACAAAAUUGACAAGUGUUGCAUUAAUGAGCCAAUUUGUCAACAAAUAUGGAGUGUUGAUGAAAAAAUAUAUUGUGAUAAAAUGACUUAUCUACCUUUUAGAAAAAAAAAAAUAUUUAAUAUACCGUAUUGCCGGUAUUUUGUAAAUAAUACACAUUUUGCAAUCAAUAAAAUAAGAGAAGCUCCUUC